AUGCCCUCGAUCAUCCUCCUCACUUCUUUCUUAUACUGUACUCCUCGCAGCGUUGGAAUGCCUGAAUCGGAGGCAAUCCCUGACCCAAAUAAUCCGACACCUGCUCCUUCAUCCACCAUACCCGUGCUAAUUCCCCCCUCGACUUCGCUCACCGCCGAACAACACGCUUUCUACCAGGAUAUUCUCGACCACUUAGGCCUCACCGUUCCGUCUGCGGCGUCCUCCGGUAUUCCUUCCGUCCUCGGGAAGCGCAAAAUUGGACCUCCCCGAAACGCGCAAGCCCAUUUCUUUUUAAUCGACGCUGCGAAGUUCGUUCCUCGCGGCGCAGACGCCUUUUGGAAUAUGAAGCGCAUACUCACUUAUGGCUGUCUCAAGUCCUUUCCAACCGCUGGGGCUGCCCGCAUCGACGACCUUCCUCCCAGUGAACGUGCAGGUCAUCACGCGGAUAUUUUCGCGAAGAUUAUGUCGACAUGCCGCAUCGAUCUCUUACCUGUUUUGCAGCACAUCUACCACGACUCGAAUGCUCGUCCCGCCGUCUGGCAAGCACUAUGUGAUCGAAUGGCCAAAGCCGCUAGUGAGGCACGAACUCAGGAUACGAACACAUUCAAGAAUAGCUUGCGCAUUUUACUCCCCAUUCCCGGCUCGGAUUGCCUAUUUCCACCCAUCGAACAAGGCAUUGCCAAAUCCAAACGGGGUCUUGCUCAUCCUCAACUCCGCAUGCUCAUCAUGCCCUGGAAAGACCGAGUUUUAUUUCCGCCUUUAAUCUAUGGACCACCCGCCAAUCCAACACCCACUCUAUCCCCAGAAGCUCAGACUAUCUAUGACAAGAUUGUCGCAAGUCAAUAUACCCCGUCUUGCAAAUACUUCCCUUCGUUUUGCUACCCGGAUGGCCAGUGGAACCCAGACGCCUACCUCGAAAAUCUCUUCACCGGCGUUGCAAUUUGGCGAGGCAUCAGGCUUUUAUUCGUCUCGCGUUCAGGCGCAAUUAACGCCGCAGACGACGAGCUCUCUUACGGCUGUUUAGCUGCUAUUCAUAACAUUCGUCGUGUCACCGCUCAUAUGGUUGCAUAUGUGGUUGUGCAGGUAAUGUUCGGCUAUCCAUCAGCAGUGCUCCUCAGUGGACAAACCAGGAGUCCAAAAAAAUACAAGUUUACCGUUCUCUAUCAGAAAGUCUUGGAUGCGUUUGCUGACGAUUCCGACCCCGAUCGCCCAGAAUGGGGCAAAGAGACACUUGAUUGGUUGACCGAGCGAGUUUUUGGCGAAGGCGAUGAUAACCUGUCAGAUGGGUCGGAUUGCGAUGGAGCUGCCAGCGAAGAUGAAGCAGUGGCUCAACGUCGCCGUCGUGCUAGCCAACGUGUGCUUGCGGAUGCGACCAACUCUGGUGGCACUUGA